AUGGCAAUAAAAGUCCCGGACGCGCGCGACACAACACUAUCGAGCAGGCUCUGCAUCGGAUAUCGCGUGUUGCCAUCUUACAGACCAGACAGUUGGGCUGAAUACCAAAAUGUUAAGUUGCUGAGUAUGCAAAGAAACAAAGAAAAUAAAAUACACGUUGGCCACACCAACGUGAAUCAGGAGAAAUUGUUAACAAAUAGGUGUUCCAGGCUCAAAUGUAGGAUUGAAUACCAUGGAGUGGCAAGAGCUUACAGCAGUGGGCUUGCUAUUGAGAAACUCAUCCGGAAAGCAUAUAGGUCAAAUUCUGCUCUGGGCGAUGACAUGCUGGUACCACCCUUCGUUAUUGGAUUUCGUCACUUGGAAGUUAGAGCUGCUGUUAGAUUAGGACGUCAUAAGUCGCUGUUGGAUGCUUUUGCCCAUCCUCUAAAAGAAAAUCACAGCCAUCGUGUACGGGAAGUAGUUGCUAUAUCAGCGAGCGAUCGUCCACAAAAUUUCACUUCCAAAUGUUUUGCUUGGGGAGAAAAGGAUCAUCUCUAG